UCCUGCACCAAGAAACAACAGCGAUCGCUAAGAAUCCAUGGCAAUUAGCUAGGGUUAGGGUUUUCGUUCUAUUACUAUAAACGGUUUCUUUAUUUCUCAACCUCCUAGUCAUGAGUCAUGACCAUUUCGACGUAGAGACAGAAAAAAUAAAAAAUAAAUUAAUUACGGUUUAUUGUGAGUACGUAGUAGUGGGUUUCAUGCAAGAAAAUAAAAUACGUAAAAAUCCUGGUUAAUUUGGUGGGCCAUAUAUUAUAAACGAAAUAGUUUACGAGGUGAAGAUCCAUGGUGAUGGAGGAAGAGAGAGACGGAGGAGGAGAAGAGCUUGUGGAGGAAAUAGAAUUGACACCUAGUCAGGGCGAUGAGCCAUCAGAUGUGCUUCAGGAUUUAGUGGGUUUGGUGGAAUCGGUUGCUCAAUUUGGAGAUUACCGAAGGACGCAGAGGAAAGAGGCAUAUGGCCUCGUCAGACGUAUGAAACUUUUGCUGCCACUUUUCGAAGAGCUACGGGACCUCGAAACGCCAAUUCCAGAAAAGGGUAUUGCUGCGCUCUGCGAUUUGAAGAGGGCAUUCAUUUUUUCCAAGAAAUUGUUGAAAACUUGUAAUGAAGGCAGCAAGAUUUACCUGGCCCUGGAAAGCGAAGCAAUCAUGGCCCGAUUUCAUGGAGCUUAUGAAAAGUUUGGUCAGGCUUUGGAUAGUUUCCCUUACGGAGAACUUGGUAUCUCUGAUGAAUUUAAAGAACAGUUUGAGCUAAUGCGCAAGCAAUUGAAAAGAGCAAGGAGGAGAACAGAUACACAGGACAUAGAGCUUGCAAUGGACAUGAUGGUGGUAUUCUCCAAAACAGAUGAGCGGAAUGCUGAUAGAGCAAUUGUAGAAAGGCUAGCCAAAAAGCUAGAGCUACAUUCUGUUGAGGACCUUAAGACAGAAACGAUAGCUGUAAGGAACCUGGUCAACAAAGAAAGAGGAGGAUCAAAUCCAGAGACUCAUCAGCAAAUCAUGGACCUUCUUAACAAAUUUAGGCAAAUUCUUGGCAUGGAAGAGACCAAUGUUUUUGAAAACCCUGUUAUGUGGAAAAUGCUUGAGAAGUGCCCAUCAUUGAUGAUCCCUCAUGAAUUCCUCUGUCCAAUCACAUUGGAGAUUAUGACUGAUCCGGUUAUUAUUGGCAGUGGACAGACGUAUGAAAGAGACAGCAUAGAGAAGUGGUUCGAGUCCAACCACAGAACCUGUCCAAAGACAAGGCAAACUCUGCCUCACCUGUCGAUAGCACCAAAUUAUGCUCUCAAAAAUUUAAUCAUGCAGUGGUGCGACAAGAACAAUUUCCAGCUUCCGAAAAAAGAUGAUCCGGCCGACCAGGAAAGCUCCACCUCUAACAUACAGAAAGAGGAAAUCUUAUCCUUGGUUGAAAAUCUGUCUUCCAGUCAAUUAGACGGACAGAGGAAGGCCGCCAUGAAAAUUCGAAUGUUGUCGAAAGAGAAUCCGGAGAACAGAGUCUUGAUCGCCAGCAGCGGAGGAAUCCCACCCUUGGUUCAACUCCUGUCCUACCCAGAUCCUAAGAUUCAAGAACACGCCGUAACAGCCCUCUUGAACUUGUCCAUCGAUGAAACAAACAAGAGGAUCAUAACCAGAGAAGGAGCAAUUCCGCCUAUAAUAGAAAUCUUGCAGAGUGGAAGCAUCGAGGCCAAAGAGAACUCUGCAGCGACGUUAUUCAGCUUAUCAAUGCUUGAUGAGAUUAAAGUAACCGUUGGGUUAUCGAAUGGAAUUCCACCGCUGGUGGAUUUGUUGCAGAAUGGGACUAUCAGGGGCAUGAAAGACGCUGCCACUGCACUUUUUAACUUAUCCCUAAACCAUUCAAAUAAGGCCAGGGCCAUUGAAGCUGGCAUUGUCGGACCCCUCCUACAAUUGCUAGAGGACAGGAACUUGGGCAUGAUUGAUGAGGCUCUCUCCAUCUUCUUCCUUCUCGUGUCGCAUCCCGCCGGCCGGCAAGAGAUUGGGCAGCUUUCGUUCAUUGAAACUCUUGUUGGAUUCAUCAGAGAAGGAACUCCAAAGAACAAGGAAUGUGCAACUUCGGUACUUCUUGAGUUGGGAUCCAACAAUUCUUCUUUUAUGUUGGCUGCUCUUCAGUUCGGGGUGUAUGAGCAUUUGGUUGAGAUCUCGAAUACCGGAACUGAUAGAGCUAGAAGGAAAGCCAGUGCGCUUUUACAGCUCAUGAGUAAGAACGAACAAAUUCCAUGAUGUUCAAAGCAACGUUUGGAAUUCGGAUUCGGUGACUAUGCUUUUAUUUAGCUGUUGGGAAUUGGGUCUCAUUUUACUCGUGCUUCUGUAAAAUAGAAUUGCAACGAUAAAAGAGUUUUUUACUGUUGCAGUUUGGUUUUUCAAAUUGGAUUUUUUUACCCAAAAUUUUUCCUAUCACAAAUUUUCCCAUGUAAAUUAGUAUGUCGAAGAUAGAGAAUACAGCAAUAUUUGGUGGAUACUUAUAGAAGGAUUAGGAUUAAUAUUUGGCCCAUCCAAAAUCCACCAAUUAUGUAUCAAAAAGUAGCUUUUUGUAUAAUUAACGAAAAUGUGAUGGUAACUU